AAUUUUGAAAUUUGAAUUCGUCAUUCGACUAUUAGAAACUUUGAGAGGUCGUAGUUACUGGUUCAUCAUAUUAUUUUGUUACUUACAUUAUUCAAUUGUUUGACAAUAACAUGAAUGAAGAUUAUUAUAAUACGUAUACGAUAUCGGAUUCGGAUAUUUCUAUAGCCGAUGAUGGCCGAGUAAAUGAAACUUCGUGCAAAGACAAUGAUUGUUUGUCAGCUUCAGAGGAGGAACCUGAAUUUUUUCAACAAGUUAUUCAACGUCAAAAACGAAAAAAAUUGGUAUCUCCAAAAAUAGCUUUACAUCACAGCGACUAUGUGCAGGAAGAUGUCCAGACUAAUAAAAAUCAUUUUUCUAUGUUGGUCGAACACUCCAAAUCAAAUAAUUGUAUACCUAGGACAGAACCAGGUAUCAAUACUAUUACGAACAAUGAAGAAGCAACUGAAAAGAUAGAACCAAAACGGAAAAAGCGUUCAACAAAAGAAGAAAUUGAAGAAAGAAAAAAGGAAGAAAAGGCUAGAAAAGAUGCAAAAAAGAGAUUAGCUGAAGAAUUAAAACGUUUAAGUCCAAAGGAAUGUAUGAAGUAUAUUACUGUUCACAUUGAUAUGAAUUUGAUGAAUCAUGAAUAUACUGAGAAAAUAAUAUCUGAAAUAGAAUCUACGGACGCAAAUUAUAAAACUGAGUCAUAUUCAACUGUAUUAAAUUCUAUAACAUGGUCAAGACGUAUAUCUGAUACUGUUAGUGAGGAUGAAAAUUUUAUGUUGUUAAUUUGGGAAUUUGAUUAUGUUAAAAAUCUCAUUACAUCAUAUGAGUUGUUAAACAAAAUAAAUGAUAUUAAAUUAUAUAAAACACAACUUUCAAUCAUCAUAUAUAGUACUACUGAUCAACUGAAAAAAACAAAAUCUAAAAAAAACGGAAAGGUUUCUGAGCCAGAUAUGCUGAAUAGCCUUGAACAGAUGAUGUUAAGUUGUCAAGUUUCAUUUCGUUUUGUUGAAAAUAAAAAUGAUAUAGGUUUGGCAGUUCUUCAUUUAACAAAAUCCAUUGCACAGAAACCAUACAAAUUAAAUAAAUACAAAGAAGAACAAGAGGGAUGUGAUUGGUAUGCAUCUGGUCAUACAAAAAAUUGUGUAACAGUAGACAAAAAUGGCACAGGUUUAACUCAACUAUGGAGACAAAUGCUAUCGCAAUUUCCACUAUGUGGUCUCGAGACAAGUGAAGCAAUAGCAACAGCAUAUGGGUCACCUAUUGCAUUGUUAGAAGCAUAUGAUAACUGCAGCUCAAGAUUAAAAGGAGAAACAUUGCUACAGGAUAUUCCAGUCCGCCGUGGAUUUGGUCCACUAGCUUCCAAUCGUCGUAUUGGACCAGAACUGAGCAAAAAAAUAUACACAUUUUUCACAGAUAAUACUGGAUCAACUACAUUAUCCCAAGAAUAGUGAACAAUAAUGGAAAAAAAAGUUAUAAAUAAAUAACAUAAACUAAACUAUUUAAUAACAACUUAUAUUACUGGUAA